UCCGUUCUGGCAUGCGCCAAUGGGGGGUUGGAAAGAGCUUGUUGGCUGGAUGGUAGAGCAAGUUCGGAAUGUACGCAAUUUUCCACCCUCCAAUGCUCGCAUUUUCCCGUCAUUGCUGCCGUAUUCCCAGCCUUUGCGUGUGAGUGAGAACGGGAGAUCAAUAUAAUUUAGCCAGAAGUUUGUCUCACCGCAGAAAGCACACCUUAUAAAAGCAUUUGUGGUCUCUGCGGGAAAUUCAGUUUAAUUCCAGGUGUGCUUCCGUGUGAAUCUCUCUCUUUACUCUCGGCAACAGUUCCCUUAACAAUUAAGCUCAACAAUUAAGGGGGGAAAAGCAACAGAUUUUCUGCAAAAUUUGCAUUUUUUAUAUUUUUUUAACAAAAUUUUCACAAAAUCUGAAAAUGAAUAAAAAUUAUAUUUAAAACAUUUUUUUGUGAUUGAAAUAAUUCCCAUUGGAUACUCCAUUGCGCGUGCAGGAAAUAAUUUGUAUAUUUAUAAUAAAAUUUGUGAAUCAAUGUGAAUUGCUUUACAAGUGAGAAAAAUUGUUAUACCUUUGUGGUUUUAUUAAUAAAUUCGUGUGCUGUGUGUAUAAUAAUUGAAUGCUCAUCAAUCGUGUGGUGCACUUGACACGCACUAUUAAUUGGAAAAAUAAUUAUUCUAUCGACACAUCUCUUCCCUCUUAUUUUAAAAGCGCAAAUGCUCGAAACUACAGAAUUUCACAGAGAAUCUUUAGAUUUUAUUUCUUUUCUAGGCGUCAGUAUAAAAUUUUGCAAAGAAUUCUAAAUACAUAUAUUGUGAAGAACUUGAAUAAUUUUGUGCAUUUUUUGAUUUCCUGGACAAUUUUUAAAUAAAAGUUGCCGUGAAGUUUGUAGAUGACAAUUAAAAGGAUCUAAAACAUAGAAAAAUUAAGAAAAUUGUUAAAAGAUCUUCAAAAAAUCAAUUUCAAAAUGGUUAAUUGUGUGGAGUUUACGAAAUUUUGCAAAAAACUUACCGAAUUUUAUGAAGAAUUUAAAAGAUUUUGUGAAGAAUAUUAAUAAAGGAAUAUGAUAUAUAAGAAAAGUAUCAAAAAACGUUAAAAAUGUGCUAAACUAAAACUCUAAAAGAUAUUGUGGAAAAGUUUUACUAAAGUUUUUUCAAGAUUUUAUUAAAUUUCUUAAAAAUUUUUUGAAAAGUUUGAUUAAAUUUUGUGAAGAAUUUAAUGGAUUUCCUUGACAAUUUUUAAUUAAAAGUUUCUGUGAAGCUUUUGGAUGAUAUUUAAAAAAUCUGAAGAACCCAAAACAACUUCCUUAGUUAGAACUCUAAUAGGUUCUUAGAAAAAUAUUGUAAAGUGUGUCUAAUGAAAAAGUUUUGUGAAAAAUUUUCAAAAAUAGAACUUUAGUGAAGAAAAAAUCUGAGAAAUUUCAGUGAAAAAUCCAUUAAAAUGGUGGCAAGAAAUUUUUCCAUACAAGACCUCCCGUAUUCGGGACUCUUGCAAGUUCCAGAUGAGGAGAGGGAAUUCCUGACUCUUGAGGAAUUGAAGCCACAUCAAUUGACUGAAUUGGGAGUCUCACAUACGCCCCAGGGAAAUUCUCUUUCACCCGCCAAUUCGCAGCAUCAUCAGGCGCACCAAAUGCAGCAACAGCCCUCCCAGUUUGGCCAGCAAAUCUACUUUGAUCUCAACACACAGACAACAACGACAAAUGGAAAUUGUGUUUUUAUGAGUGGAAGUGAACUUUCCAUGCCAAGCCAUAGUCAUCUUGAUCCCAAUUCCAUGAGCACAACCGACACAACAAAUAGCCAUUCGCAGAAUUCAUCGUCAAAUCAUCACAUGGCCAGAGGACAUCAGAGGAAGAGAAAGUGCUCCUACACGGAAAACAGCGACUUGGAAGACGAUACAGGUGAUGAUGCAAAAUCUGUGAGAACGGAAGACAAUAAAAAGCAGAAUCACAGUGAGAUUGAGAAAAGACGAAGGGAUAAGAUGAACACCUACAUCACAGAAUUAUCCUCAAUGGUGCCAAUUUGUCAUGCAAUGUCCCGGAAAUUGGAUAAGUUAACAGUUCUGCGGAUGGCUGUGCAGCAUCUCAAGACAAUCCGUGGGGCAGUUCAUUCGUACACCGAAGGGCACUACAAGCCGGCUUUCCUGUCGGAUGAGGAACUCAAAAUGCUCAUCCUUCAGGCAGCUGAGGGGGGAAGCUUCCUGUUUGUCGUUGGAUGCGAUCGUGGGAGACUUUUGUACAUUUCCGAGUCGGUAUCGCAGGUCCUCAAUUACUCCCAAGGGGAUCUCCUUGGGCAGAGUUGGUUUGAUAUUCUCCACCCCAAGGAUGUGGCUAAGGUCAAGGAGCAACUAUCAUCGUCCGAUUUGAGUCCUCGUGAGAGAUUAAUUGAUGCCAAAACAAUGCUUCCGGUGAAGACGGACGUCCCGCAGGGGUUGUCACGCCUCUGUCCAGGUGCCCGGAGAUCCUUCUUCUGUCGCAUGAAGUACAAAGCAUCGAUUCAGGUGAAGGAGGAACUGGAUGCCCCCGCAAAUAGCCACAGGCGGAAGAAGCAGAUGAGCAGCGAUAAGAAAUACUCAGUGAUUCAGUGCACGGGCUACCUCAAGUCCUGGGCACCAGCUAAAAUUGGCCUAGAGGAGCAGGAGGCAGACGAUGGGGAAUCAUGCAAUUUGAGUUGCCUCGUUGCCAUCGGGAGGAUCCCACCGAAUAUCUUUGUACCUAAUGUUACACCCCCAAUCAGUAACAAUCUCAAUCUGCGGAGCAUUCAGUUCAUCUCUCGUCAUGCCAUGGAUGGGAAAUUCCUCUUUGUCGAUCAAAGGGCAACGUUGAUUCUGGGCUUCCUACCGCAGGAACUCCUUGGGACAAGUAUGUACGAGUACUACCAUCACGAAGACAUUCCCUCCCUGGCGGAAUCCCACAAAUCUGCCCUUCAGAUCUCAGAACACAUCACAACACCCAUCUACAGGCUACGUACGAAAGACGGUGGCUUUGUACGGCUGCAGAGUGAAUGGAAAUCAUUCCGGAAUCCAUGGACGAAAGAUGUUGAAUAUUUAAUAGCUAAGAAUUCUGUUAUACUAUCGGAUACCAAAGUGGAUGAAGCUGCAUCAUGCGCAGCAACCAAUACAACCGGAAAUGGUGUCACAUAUCGCACUGGGAAUGGAGCAGGAGGAGCUGAGAAUAGUGCUCCGGGGAAUUUUGAUUUCUUCAAUCAAGCUUCCAAUGGCAGGGAAAUGCAUCGGAUUAUCAAUACGCACGUUGAAGCGAGUAAAAUUGGGAGACAAAUAGCUGAACAAGUUCUCGAUCAUCAACGAAGAGUGGGAGACUCAUCAUCAGAAAGCAGCCCUGAUCCGGAGGUGACAGACACAAAUCCCCAUCAGCACAUUCAUUUGUCCGAGAGUAGCAUUUCAGCCAGUGAAGUGAGUCUCGAUCGACGAAUUGUCCAGGCAAAUCCACAGAGAUUGAAUGGCACCCUCCCGGGGUACCAUGUGCGCAACAACAGCAUCAUCAAUGCAAAUCAUUCCAAUACGGAAGUCCUGCAAAUGAUGACAACACCCGGAAUGGCCACAGAAGCUCCAAAUCAAACUGGUACCACAGAUGGGAAUGAUGAGGCAGCAAUGGCUGUCAUAAUGAGCCUCUUGGAAGCUGAUGCUGGACUUGGGGGUCCUGUUGACUUCACCGGACUCCCAUGGCCACUUCCAUAAAAACAAAAAUUUGAAUUUCUCUGAAUGCAAAAAGAAGAUUCAACAAAUUGAUAACUUUU